AUGUAUUCAUUAUCUGUGCCUUCUUUCAAGGAUCAAAAUGUCACUGAGAUGGUGAUGCGGUCCCUAUCGUUGCACUUUUACUCGGACCAAAAUAUUGCUCGAUUUUUCAUCCAACUUUUUUUCAUAUGUUUUCUUUCUUUCUUUCUUUCUUUCUUUCUUUCUUUCUUUCUUUCUUUUAAUACGCUUUCUAGCUUCAAUUCUCAUCUCUUUGUUUCGUUUUCUCUCCUACCUUUUCUUUUUCUUUCAUUGCCUCAUUUAAUCUCGGUUCUGUUUUCUUUGUUUCUCUUUUUUCUUUUCAUCUCUGCAUUUCGUUUUUUUUCUUUCUUUCUUUCUUUCUUUCUUUCUUUCUUUCUUUCUUUUAAUCUGUUCUCUAUCUUUAAUUUUCAUCUCUUUGUAUUUUUUCUUUUUUUCUUUCUUUCUUUAUUUCAAAUACGUUCUCCCAGUUUAAUUCUCAUCUCUUUGUUUUAUUUCUUUCUUUUCAUCUCACUGUCACUUUUAAUAUUUGUCUUUCUUUCUUUCUUUCUUUCUUUCUUUCUUUCUUUCUUUCUUUCUUUUUCCUAA